AUGCUUAUUCAUACAGGAGAGACACCUCAUAUGUGUGAUAUAUGUUAUAAAUCAUUUAGGCAAAAGGGUCAUUUAAACCGGCAUAUGCUUCUUCACAAAGGAGAGAAACUUCAUGUUUGUGAGGUAUGUAAUAAGUCAUUUAGCCAGAAGGGUACUUUAAAUGUACAUAUACUUAUUCAUACAGGAGAGAAACCUCAUGUCUGUGAGGUUUGUAAUAAGUCAUUUAGACAAAAGGGUGAUUUAAGUAUGCAUAUGCUUAUUCACUCUGGAAAGAAACCUUAUAUGUGUGAAUUAUGUAAACAGUCAUUUCGACUAAAGCAUGAUUUAAACAAGCAUAUUCUUGUUCACAGGGAACAGAAACCUUAUGUGUGUCAGGUAUGUAAUAAGUCAUUUCUUGAAAAGGGUAAUAUAGAAAUGCAUAUGCUUACUCAUACAGGAGAGAAACCUCAUGUAUGA